AUGUCUUCGAGCUUUUACGAUUCAGAUUGGAAAUUGGAUGGAUGUAGAACAAAGAUCAAUUCCGAUGAAACAAGGUACGUUUGGACGAUUGAAGAUUUUGAUUUUCACGAGGCCAAAGGCAAAACAUUGAUUUCACCUCCGUUUUCAUCUGUUAAGAAUAAUCAAGUUAAAUGGCACUUGGAACUUUAUCCUAAUGGCAAAACCAAUGCAAAAGAUUUGGUCGGUUUGUAUAUCUUUCUGAAUAAACUCUGCAGUUUUGAAAACAGCAAAACAAUAUUCGCGAAAGCUACAUUUAUCAUUUUCAAUAGCGAGAAUAAAGAAGAAGCCAAGUGGUCUCUCGACAGCAUUAAGGAAUUUCCUCAUCCUGACAUUAAGCAAAAUGGUUGGGGCUUCGGAGAUUUUAAAAAAGAUGAGAACUUUAGAAACAAGUUGCUGUUGAACAAUACUCUAACGAUUCGCUGUGAAGUGAAGUUUUCUGAUAUGAACAAUAUCACUCUUCAUCAACGUGACAUUGAUAUUGAAAUGCCCGAAUGUAACCUGUCUGAAAACAUUGCAUCCUUAUUUGAAAAUCAAACGUUAACGGAUGUUAUCCUCUCCGUGAAUGGUAAAGAGUAUCCUGCCCAUAAGACUAUAUUGGCGGCUCGUAGUCCAGUUUUCUGCGCCAUGUUCACCCACAGUACAAAAGAAAACGAGCUCAAUCGAGUAGAUAUUGAGGAUAUUAAUGAUGCUGUUAUGGAUGCAAUGUUGAAAUACAUUUACACCGGGAAAUGUGAUGAUUCAAACGAAUUGGCCGAAGGAUUAUUGGCAGCAGCCGAUAAAUACGAUUUGUGUGGAUUGAAAAUUAUGUGUGCGAAGAAACUAAUCAGGGGAUUGUCAGUUGAGAAUGCAACGAAUGUUCUCAUAUUGGCCGAUAUGCAUCAUUAUGAAGACCUAAAACGUCAAGUGAUCAAGUUUAUUGUUGCCAAUUGUUCUGAAGUUUUAAACACUGGAGCCUGGUUAGAAAUGCUUUCAUCAAAUUCUAAAUUGGCGAAUGAUGUUUGCCAAGCCAUUGCUCGUAAAUAA